AUGAGAACAUUUGAUAACACUUCAAUGUUUAGAAACAAACUUCAGAAUCAGCAGUAAUAACCUUUACUAAGAGUCAAUAAUUUACCAAUUGGUGUUAAGAAUCUCAUGUAUUAAAAUCUUAAUACUGAGCUUAAUAAAAUUGAUGAAAUACACACAUAUGAGAAAUGGAAAUAAUUGCAAGAAUCGUUACAAAAGAAUUAAAAUAUUAGAUCCUCUUCUUAAUAACAAAUAUAUCUACCCCAGUCUAAUCCCUUAAUUCCUAUCAGCGAUUAUAACUCAAAUAUAAAUUUAAAUGAGAAAAUAAUGAACAUCAUGUAAAACAAGGCUCUUGAUAUUGGAUUAAUUAAAAAUGAAGAUCCUUUUAAAGUACAUUCUGGGCCAAGAUAUGUCUAAAAUAACAAUCAAAGUAAUAAAGGGCUCUAAGUGUAUUAAAAUGAUGAUUAGGCUGGUAAGAUUAUUAUUAAUUAAAAGAAAAAAAUGCCAUAAGUUGAUGAGGAUUUCAAAACUCGUUGA